CGCGCUGCCCCAGGCUCAGUUCUCCGGCGGUUACCGAACCGGGCCGCCCCACUCUCCGCAGACCAGUCACUGCACGGCGCGUCCCACCCACCCGCUCUCGGGUCGAUCUGCCCCGGCCCGAGGGCUAGGAGCCGCGGGGCAGCAUGGCCAAGGCGGCAGCCUCUUCGCCGCUGGAGGACUUGGACCUGAGCGGAGAGGAGGUCCAGCGGCUCACCUCGGCCUUCCAGGACCCGGAGUUCCGGCGAAUGUUCACCGAGUACGCCGAGGAGCUCACGGACCCGGAGAACCGGCGGCGCUACGAGGCGGAGAUCACCGCGCUGGAGCGUGAGCGCGGAGUGGACGUGCGGUUCGUGCACCCGCAGCCGGGUCACGUGCUGCGCACCAGCCUCGACGGGACGCGGCGCUGCUUCGUGAACGUGUGCGGCAACGCGCUGGUGGGCGCGCCCCGCAGCCGAGCCGGCCCCAGGGGCGCGGCGGCCGGCAGCCAGUGGUCGCUGCCCUACAGCCUGGCUCCCGGCCGCGAGUACGCGGGGGGCCGCGGCGCCCGCUACACCGUCUACGACGUGGUCUUCCACCCAGACGCGCUCGCGCUGGCCCGGCGUCACGAGCCCUUCCGCCGGAUGCUGGACGCCACGGCCCUGGAGGCCGUCGAGAAGCAGUUCGGCGUGAAGCUGGACCGCAGGAACGCCAAGACCCUGAAGGUCAAGUACAAGGGGACUCCGGAGGCCGCCGUGCUGCGCACGCCCCUCCCCGGGGGCGGCCCGGCCCGGCCCGAGGGGGAGCCGGACAGCCCCCUCCCCGACUUCCCCUACCCCUACCGGGACCCGGCGGCGGCCGGGAGCUCAGUGGUCCCCCGGCCCCAGUCGCCCCCCGCUCCGGAGGCGGUCCCGCCGCCCGCCCCCACCGAGCCUCGCUACAGCGUGGUGCAGCGCCACCACGUGGACCUCCAGGAUUACCGCUGCUCCCGGGACUCGGCCCCCAGCCCGGUGCCCCGGGAGCUGGUGGUCACCGUCGAGCUGCCGCUUUUGCGCUCGGCCGAGCGGGCGGAGCUGGAGGUGACGGGGAAGCGGCUGUGCCUCGACUCGAGGCAUCCCGACUACCGGCUGCGGCUCUCGCUCCCGUACCCGGUGGACGACAGCCGCGGCAAGGCGCAGUUCAACAAGGCCCGGCGACAGCUGGUGGUCACGCUUCCCGUGGCGCUGCCCCUCGCGCGCCAGGAACCCGCCGUGGCGCCGGAAGAGUCGGUCUACGCGUCCGGAACUGGCGGCGCGGCUGGCGCUUCCGCUCGCGAGGGGGAGGUGGGCCCGGCGGGGGCUUGUGCGGGGAACGGUGGCCCGGGUUCCAGGCCACCCGGGGCCGCGGACGCCGGGAUCAGCACCCCGGCUGCCGCUGCGGAGGAGCUCGUCUCCGAGCCCGAGGAGCGGGACGUGGACGAGCAAGCGGCGUGGAAAACGGGCAUCGGGGAGGAGCCACCUUCCGUCGCAGGGAACUCACCUGGGGACGGUGGAGGCGGCUCCCCUGGCACUUCAUCUGGGGACCCUGACGGGGAGUCUUCUUCGGGAAGAGAGAGUGCGCGCGGAGAUCGCAGAGUCGAGAAGCGAGUGAUCGGGAGAGCGGCGGGCCGGGAGCCCUCCGAUCGAGCCAUGGGUGGUCCCGGGACCGCCGGCGAGGGACCUUUGUGCCCUCCGUUGCAGUGUCAUCAGGAUGAAGAAUCCCUGACUCUGCUGGUUCAGGUGCCUCGGAUCCAGUCGGGAAGUCUGCGAGGGGAUGUAAGCCCCUUCGGGUACACAGUAGGCUUCUCCACCCAAGACUUCGUUUGUUAUUCCUUCUUUUUGCAAUUUGCUCCGGGGAACAAAUUGAGUACCAAAGAACCUGCGAUUAGUAUUUCCUCAAACAAUGCAGUGAUAGAACUGGCCAAAUCUCCAGAGUGCCGCGGACAUUGGAGAGAAUGGUAUUAUGGUUUAAACAAGGAUUCUUUGGAGGAAAGGCUGUUUGUCAGUGAAGAAAAUGUUGAUGAGGUUCUUGAAGAGGUCCUGAGCCCUCCAUUUAGUCAGACAGUGUCCUUAACCCUACCAUUAAUUGAAGUUCUUCAGGUUACGGAUAGUAAGAUUCAAAUUCAUGCAGCGUUGCAAGAAUGUAGUAACUCUGAACAGCUUCAAGAAAAGGAAGAAAAAGGCGAUGAAGGAAGUCAUCUAACUGAAAAAGAAAAUAGAGAACAUCCUACCACCUCAGCAACUGAUUCUGACCCAUCCAUAGCAGUUAAAGUACUAGAAACAGACGGCUGUGGUUCAGUUGUGUGCCUGCAACAAGAGUCUCUCGAUCCUCACAUGCUAUUUGGAAGGUCUCAGCAACCGGAGUCAAAAACGGAACCUGAAUUUAUAAAAGAAAAAAGUCCUGUUUACUCAAAUGAGGAAAAAGAUAACUUAAAAGAACCAGUGAUAACAGAAGAGAAAGAAUUAGAUGGAGAUGAGCUAUCUACCAUACUAAACAAAACUUCAGUUCACAAUUUACCUGGUCUUAACAACAUAAAAGAAACCAAUAUGCAGGAUGGUAGCGUGCAGUUUAUUAACGAUCAUGUGACUCAAUGUGCAUUCAGUUUUCAUAAUUCUUUGCUAUAUGACUUGGAUUAAUUCUAUAUAAUUUUAGAGUUUAAAAGUUAAGAGUAAAAAGUUUUUGGACUUAAAAUAGAUGAUCUUUCUGUUAACUACUUUCUUAAAGUAUUCAAGAAAGUAUAAAAAUUUGCAAUUUUGAUUCUAAUGGGAAACUGGAGAUUAUUUUUUUGCAUGGAGACUUUGUAUAUACAAAGUUUUGUGGAGAUUUUUGUGAUUCCUCUGAUCGAUGUAUAUUUUUUCUAAUGGAGAGUUAAACAUUUAGUUUUUAUGCAACCUGUAUGUAUUUGCUUGUUUGCUUUUGGCUUCUUUUGUUUACCAUUACUUUAAUAAAGUUUCAAAGUAAAUACUCACUAAGUUGUGUCUGUUACAAAAAGCAAUUCUCAAGAAUGCAAUUAACUAGAAAUUAAUCAGUAUGUGUAUGUGUGGGGAGGGGUAGAAUUUCAAAACUAUGCAUUUAUGUUUCACUGAAUAGGAUGUAUUUAUGCUUGAAAUAGAGAUUCUUAGAACUUUACUAACCACUAUUAACCAUCCAAUACAAAUACACUGAAUGAAAUUUAGGAUAUUUGCUUCAACUCUGUAUUUUAUGUGUGACACACAUACACACUAUAUAUCUAGAUAGAUAUAGAGAUAUAUAUAUAGUUAUACAGGUUAUAUAGUGAUGCCUUUAAAAUUCAACUUCUUAAAAGAUGUUUUUGGAAGUUACUAUUACAGUAUUGAAACAUUUCUUGGUUUUAUAGAAUACAUUUAUGAAUUUUUCUAAAGCUUUUAAGUAAUCUCUAUACCCAAUCGUGGGGCUCAAACUUAGAACCCUAAGAUCAAGAGUCACACACUCCACUGACUGAGCCAGCUAGACGCCCCGACAUUUAUGAAUUUUAGAACAAUUAAAAAAUCUGGGAAUUUGCUCUCAUAGGAGAAUUGUCUUCACUAUAUUACAUGAAAACAAACCAAAAAGCCAGUAUUUUCUAGUCAGUUUCUCUUCUAAUCUCUAAAAAAGGGCAACAGAUAAUUUAUCUUAACAGUGGCUAAGUUAUUAAUAUUUAUAUUGGAAGCCAAGAGAAAAUCCAAAUAGAUUUUUUUCUCACAAAAAUUUUGAGUACAGCAUAGAAGAAAAUGUAGAAAGGAAAAUAUUUGUUGAUCUUAUCACUGACCCCAAUGCCAUGAGCUGGUUUAUCUGAUCUAUUUCUGAUUUUAAAAAGCGCAUUCAAACUUCUGGCCUACCUUAGUCCUGGAAAUGAACCGAUUUCUUUAGUUCUCUGAACUGGUGAAAGUCAGAUCAGAGCACCAAAAGCUAGUACAAAGCCUGGCAAUUCAUCCUGUUUACAUUUAUAACCGCUAUAAAAUCUGGAACCAAAUUGGGCUGUGAGGGUAACAUAAAGGUAACUCAUAAAGCAAGGGAACUAUUUGUUCCACCCACAACGACCAUAUAUGCAUUUCUCAACCACAAUAUGACUCUUAAUUUGAUGAAAUAAUUUCAAAGUUGUCCAUUUAAUACACAAUUUUCUUAAACUGAAAUGAUGUACUAUCUACACAGAAACUAGUCUCUGAGUAACUUCUGGUUGAUUGCAAUUUUUACUAUUAAGAGAAACUUCCACAUUAAAUAUGGAAUAAAUUUUAAGCAUGUUUUCUAUUAUUUGCUGUAUCCGUCCUUUUAAAAAGUAUGAUUUCAGUUAAAAUAAAGCUGGCACUAAAACAUGUUUCACUUUGGCAUGAC